AUGGGAUCUGCUUUAAGUUCAUACAAAUCCAAGAGAAGAGAUAAGAAAGAAUAUAAGAGGUGAGUAAACAUUUUUCCGCUUGGAGGAAAAUAUUCAGAUGCUCUUGCGACUCGGUUUUUUUUUCUAUGGACAUUGAUCACAUCGUCUAUAUUUUUUUACCGUCGAGUAGGAAACUAAGAGAGCAACUGAAAGAAGCACAAGAACACGUAGCUCGUCUCCAGGAACAACUUCAGUGUGCAAAUGAGUAAGUUCAUUGGAGUGAUGUUUGCUGAGGUGGCUGAUUCUUUCUCGAUUAAACUUCUUUUCCUUGACUUUCUCCUUUUUAUACCUAAUCGUAAAAUCCGAGUAAAAAGUCCAUAUGCACUAGUUAUGUAACUGUCUUUAGCUAGGAGGGCUUCAUCUGGGUUAUUCUGACAAAUAGAGAGGGACUGUGUAUUGAGGUGGUUACCUAGUAUUUCUAGCUCUUGUUAGACCAGUAUUUCUAGCUCUUAGUAGACGCAAAGAAGGUGGAUAAUUUGUUCUAUCUGAGACCUUUUUUAGCUUUUUAUUUUCUUCAAAGUCUUAUUUUGUAAACCUAAAAUUAGCACUUGCUAAUGCAAUUCACCAUUAUUGUUCAUUACAUGUGUGGGCUAAUUAUUCUUGUUCGUUCUCUUUUGACAUUUUAUUUAGAUUACUUGAGGCGUUUCAAAAGUCACGCAUCGCCCCUAACAUAGGGCCUGGAACACAGAAAUAUCGAGCAGCCACUGAAAUGAUGAAAGAAAUUGAAGCUUUGGAGCGAAAGCUUUUCUUUGAGCAAGUUGCUCUGAAUGUUACAGAAAAUAGAUGUGACUUUCUGGAUGACAACUACCGGUAAUCAAAUCGUUGUUAAAUAACCUUACACUGUGGCGUUAUUAAAAAGUUAAAUACAAAAGUUGUAAUUCUUCACACCAAAAUAUUGUGAGUUCUCAAAUAAUCAGAAGACUCUAUAAUAGAACUCAGUCAGUACAUAGAGUGUUUGGAGAUCGGCAAGUAUGGAGGGGAGGGGAGAGAACGAAAGCUAGUGCUCUCAAAUGGAGGAAAUCAGGAAAAAAAUCAUGUCAAGCUAUAAAUAUGUUUUAUCUCUUUUUACAGUCUUCUUCACGACAACGAGACGAACCUUUACUGGCAGAAGUCACCCUGUAAAACAAACCUGGAGGCCUUGAAAAAGAAACAAGAGGCCAUUCAGUUCAGUCGAUUCAAAGACGAAAAUCCGCUGGAACAGUGGGUCGUCUGCUCGCUUCCAAACCUUUACUUC